GUUCGGCGCAAAUUCUGUUCUGUCUGUGCUGUGAUUCGUAGCCUAUACUUUGGUGAUCGAUUCCAUUUGUUAAAAUAUUGUUAUUAUUGUUUUGAGUUUGUUCACUUGAAGAAACGUUUCGGAUUGUGAUACGUGACAACUCUUCAGACCUGCACCCGCCUCUCAUCAUGGAGAAGAUUAACAGAUACCUGAAGAAUGUCUUUAUUGGCAUUAACGUCGUCUUGGCUGUUGCUGCUGGUGUGGCCGUGAUUCUGAUUGGCAAGUUUAAUGUGGGAUUUAAUUCGAAGGAAGACAUGGAUAUUCUCUUCACAGAGAAUCGCCUCUUCAAAGAGACUAUUUUGCUGUCGGAGGAUUUAAUGUUCGCCAGGGCUGUUAUCUGCAUAUGCUGUGCCGGGAUGCUGAUCGUGGCCUGUUUGGGGAUUUAUGGGGCCAAGAAGGAGGUUGAGUGGCCUUUUGCAGUGUUCAUCACAGCCUGUUCCAUCGGCAUGGUUACCUUUCUCAUGCAGGGCUUGCGGGUCAACAACCUAAAAUUUGUGAUCAUGAAGUACAUGUCUGAGAAGAGAUCAAAGUUCCUGACUCUGGAAGCGGCCAUACCACUCAGUUUUGCACUGGCGGCUCUGGAGCUUGUUCGGAUUAUCCUCGCUACUGUGAUGAUCCGUCAGCUCCAAAAGCGUCCGGCUGCCAUACCACCUGCUGCCUCUGGGGGCACUAAACCCUCCACUGACGCGGAACUCUGUCAGGUAUCGACCCCAGAGACUAGUGAGUUCAAUUCCAAGGAUACUCAGAAACUAGUGGAGAACUGAGUCUACAAUCAGUCUGCCUCAUCUACUUUCUUUUCCUGCAUUGCACUGUUACUGACUGUUAUCAGAAAUUGUUACAUUUCGCUACACUGUUUUGCAAUACUGUAGGUAGGCCUAUGUAACGCGUACACAACAGUAAGUAAGUCACUACAGUUAGUAAGAUCAAGUCUUUUAGCAAUCAAAAGUAGUCUGCUUGUCUUUUAGCUAUAAAAAAUAUAUACUGUAACUAUACUGUUUCUAUUAUAUUUCUAUUUUAUGGGGAUGGAGGUCUUUUGUUAUAGGCUACUGUCCAUAAUAUACCAGUAUUAUGGUUUGCAUC